AUGAUCUUUCUUACGUUUUUCGGUCUGGUAUUACAAUGCUCAGCCAGUACCCUACCGAGCACAGUGACUCCUUAUGCCUUGAAGUCCGGUCCACUUGACACAGAUUGGACCACAAAAGUAGGAACAAAUCCCUGGCCUGAAUAUCCACGACCUCAACUUCAAAGAUCAAAUUGGUUAAACUUGAAUGGAUUAUGGGAAUUUAAAUCAGCAAACAGUACAUUAGAUUUAGAUUCACCACCUUUCGGUGGAGUAGGAUUUGAUAAAGAGAUUUUAGUACCAUUUUGUGUUGAAAGUGCUUUAAGUGGGAUCAUGGAAGCUCAUGAUCAUUUUUGGUAUCGAAAAACGUUCAAAGUUCCUUCCACUUGGAAAGGAAAGGUAUUACUCAAUUUCGGAGCUGUAGAUUACGAAGCUACUGUCUUUUUGAACAAGCAAAAAAUCGGAUUUCAUCGUGGUGGUUAUUUCAAGUUUUCAAUCGACUUGAGCAAAUAUUUACAUCCUACAGGAGAAGAAAAUGAAUUAUUAGUAUUCAUCUAUGAUCCAACUGACAGUUCAGGAAGUGUUAUUCCAGUCGGCAAACAGACUCAAAAACCUAGUCAUGUCUUUUAUACCUCUACCUCAGGUAUUUGGCAAACCGUUUUUUUGGAACCAGUGCCAGAGACUUAUAUCACCAAACUUGACGUCAACGCCGACAUGCACGGACACGUCAACAUCACCGUCAAAACUUCAGAUCCCACCUCUCGUACUCCCAUAAAAGUGACACUCCAUCAACAAACCAAUUCAAUAAACUCCAACUCAUCUAUAUCUUCUCCAACUUUAAUGACCAUCAAUGGAACUUCAAACACAAAGUUUCAAUUCCAAGUUUCUUCUCCAAAACUUUGGUCUCCUUCAACCCCAAACUUAUAUUAUUUUACGGUAGAAAUGGGUGAUGAUUUAGUCACCAGUUAUCUUGGUUUUAGAAGUAUUGAAAAACGUACAGAUCCGAAUGGAAUUGUUAGACCUUAUUUAAAUGGAGAAUUUCUUUUUCAAUUAGGUCCACUUGAUCAAGGUUUUUGGCCUGAUGGGAUUUAUACUGCUCCUACUGUGGAAGCUAUGGAGUAUGAUAUUAAAUUAGUCAAAAGUCUUGGAUUUAAUUUGAUUCGAAAACAUGUUAAGGUAGAACCUGAUCUAUAUUAUCAUGCAUGUGAUAGAAUUGGCCUUUUAGUUUGGCAAGAUAUGCCCUCUUUGAAUCUAUUUCCUUCACCUUCAGUAGAACAAAGCGCCGAAUUUGAGAGACAAUUGUAUGACAUGGUAUCUGCUUUAAUCAGUGUUCCUUCUAUAAUCACUUGGGUUAUCUUCAAUGAAGGAUGGGGUCAACCCUCAGAUGGACCAGAAGUUCGACUUACUGAGCAAAUCAGACUGCUUGACUCUGAUCGUCUAGUCAUGUCUGUUACCGGAUAUUAUGAUCACGGAGCAGGUGAUUACUCAGAUAACCAUCAUUAUGCCAGUCCACAAUGUGGUACACCAUUCUAUUCUACCCCAGAUAAACCAUAUGACCCAAAACGAAUCGGUUCACAAGGAGAAUUUGGUGGAAUAGGUCAUAUCCCACCAUCAAAGAACACAUGGAAUGUACAAGACGCCAUCAAUACAAUGAACCAAACUUAUGAAAUCACUUCAAAUGUUACAACUUGGAAUUAUAGAGCUUUAGAAGUAGUUGGAGAAUUGAAAAGUCAACUGGAUCUUUAUAGUUGCAGUGCUGGAGUCUAUACUCAAACUACUGAUGUUGAAGGAGAAAUUAACGGAUUCGUAACCUACGACAGAAGACUAGUCAGAGCAGAUCCCAAACAAUGGAACGCAAUCACCAACUCAUUCUACGAAACUGCUAAAGCUAAAGCUACAAAGACUUCAAAGACUUCAAAAACGAGUCCUUGA